GCGUCGCGUUUGGAGUUGAACUAAAGUAAAAAACUAAGUAAAUAACCAAGUAGUUUCGGGGAUUUACCAGUGUUAAACCACCAUGAUGUUCGCAGGAAUGGUCAGGGUGGAAAACACCUCAAAAACGCUCAAAACUGACAUAGACUCUCCAUGUCACCGGUGUGCUGUGAGGACAGGUGGUGUGAAUCCUUCGGGAAACCACCGCAGGAGGAGCUUCAGACGGCCCGGAUACAUGCGGUCUGAGCCGAUUAACCAGCUGGACGUUGCAGAAACAUCAUGUGAUUCUGAACAUCACAGAAGUCCUAUUUCCAAGUCGCCUGCUGUGGAGAACACUCAAAAGAGUGCUUCAGAAUUACUUGGCGAGAAAUGGCUGACAGAGGGUUUCGAGAGAGACAACUCAUCAAAGUCUUCAAAUAAACACCAUUUGCAUGAUGAGGAGGACAAUUUACCAGUGCAAUCACGUGAUGUUUUCAAUUCCAGUUUCAGUUUCAUUCAACAGUCGCUAGACACUAGCGAUUUAUUAGAUGUAAACACAUGCUAUUCACCCAGAACUGAACACAAACAAUCUGAAUCAGCGUCAGGGCACCAGCUGAAGUCUAAAACUUCAAAUUCAGGCUUUCUUAAACCUCCAUCUGAUUUAAUGAAUCACUUGAGCCAAUCAGAAACCAGCAUUGUUCAAAUGAACCAAUUAGAAACCAGAACUGUCCCGGUAAGCCAAUCAAAAUCAAGCUUUUUAAAACCUCUGUCUGCUUUAAUGAAUCACUUAAGCCAAUCGGAAACCACCAGUGUUCCAAUCAACCAAUCAGAAACCAGCAGUGCCCCAAAAAGCCAAUCAAACUCAGGAUUUUUAAAACCUCUGUCUGAUUUAAUGAAACACUUGACCCCACCAGAAUCCAGCAUUGUUUUAAUGAACCAAUCAGAAACCAUAACUAUUCCAAUGAACCAAACAAAAAACAGCACCAUCCCAGUGAGCCAAUCAAAUGCAGACUUUUUAAAUCCUCCAUCUGCUUUAAUGAAUCACUUGAACCAAUCAGAAACUGUGCUUAUUCCAAUGAACCAAUCAGAAACCAGCUCUAUCCCAGUAAGCCAAUCAAACUCAGGGUUUUUAAAACCUUCAUCUAAUUUAAUAAAUCACUUAAGCCAAUCAGAAUCAGUCACUGUUCCAAUGAACCAAUCAGAAACAAGCACGGUCUCAUUAAGCCAAUCAGAACCUGAUUUUUUUUCUUUGAGACAUUUGCCUUGUUCGAUUGGUCAGUCGGCGCAGCAGAAAGGUCUGCUAUUGGACCGAGAGCUGUGGUUGGUGGAUCUGGACUUGCAGACCUCGUCCUCCAUUAUGUCUAAGUAUACAAAAGAAAACAUCCAGGAUUCGGAUUCUGGCUCUCUGGACGCUGAAAUCACGUCUUCACACUCCAUUGACUCUUCAGACUCGACUUCGUCUGGAUAUGAAAGCACCACACCGUCCUCAGAUCAGAGUCAGGAUGGUUUAAUGAAGAAGUAUGAGGAUUUUCUGCAAGACUGUCUGCAAAACAAUCGCACAAACACCAAGAUCGAGUCCAUAAUGAUGAAGCUUCAGAGAUUACAGCACAAAGCCAUUCUGGAUGAUGAUUAUGACACAGCUGAGCGUUUUGGUAAGAAACUGGAGGAACUGAGAAGAGAAAGAGCGACACUUAAGCCUGGACUUCCAUCCAGACACCCUGAAGUCACUGGAUAUCUGGAGCGGCUCAGAACAGCAGUGAACAGCGCCAUCCACAGGACAGACUCAGACUGCAGCACUGGUGACCCGAGUGAAGAUCAGAGGUCCUGCAUCUCUCAGAGUCGAGCUCAAACACGAGAGACGCUGUUAGAGGAGAAACAGAGGAUUCAGAAGGAGAUGUGUGAUGUUCAGCGGCGGCUGCGGGAUCUGCAGGAGCGCAGCAGGGCUCUGGAGCUUCAGCUGGAGCUGCAGGAGAUGCAGGGACCCGUCCUCAGGGCCGCAGACUCUCCUCAUCUGCAUCUGACGGCUCGAGCGCUGGAGGAUCUGCUCACGUCUGAACAUCGCCAGCGCAUCAGCGUUUCUCCACCAGCACACAUCCGCAGGCUUGAAGAGCAGGAGCGAGUGCUGAGUUUGUCCAUCAGAGAAGCAGAGACUAAAGUGUUGUUGAAUCAGAGGUUGUGCUUCAGUCUGAGGCAGAAGGUCAGCGAGAGCGAAACGCAGCUGCUGGCGCUUCAUGAAGCCAAACUCACAGCCGUAUCAGGAAAUGAUUUCAGCAGUGCUAAAGAGCUUAAGGCGGAGAUCAGGAGUGUGUACAGAGAGAGGGAUCGUCUGGAGCUCCUGCAUAGAAAGCUGCAGACUCUGAGCACAGGAAGUGGACUCGACCUGAGCCGCAUGAAGGAGAAACACAAGCACAUCAAGCUGGAGCUGCAGAACGGAGAAGCUCAGUAUGAGCGCAGUUUGAAGGAAAACACUGUGAAGUACAUUGAGCUUCUGGAGGACAAACUUCACAGCUGUGGAAGUGCAGCGCUGGAACAUGUUUUGGAGGCUGAUUUGGAGGCCUGUCAUCUCCUCCUGAAAGGCCUGGAUCAGAGAAACCUCAGCCUCUCCCAGACGGAGGAUCUUCCCUCAGGAUCCGCAUCUGCUUCAGAUGUCCUGCAGUUCACUAAAGAUGAAGAGGACUGCGCCAUGUUGACUGCUUUAGGGGGACGCUGGUGUCCCGAAGCUGAUCUACAGCACUCUCAGUUCACAAAGAAAUUGGAGGAGUUUCUCUUCUGUUUGGAGGACGAGGCUCCAGAGAAUCUGUGUGGAGAAACAACAGAGCUGACGGACCGCUGUGAACUCAUCAGUUACCGACUGCAUUACCUGGAAGAGCAGCUUCAGACAGCCAUAGACAACAAUGACAAGGAGCUCACUCUCUCUCUGGAGAGGGAGGUCCUGGAGCUGAAGUCUGCUCUUCAGGCGAUGCUGUCUCAGCUGAAGGAGGAAGAUGAGGAUGAAGAAGACGAAGAGAAAUACUGUGAUGUAGAAGAAGAACAGGUUGAAGAUGAAGACCUGGAGGAGGAGCACUACUUCAGUGACAGCUGGGAAAUCUGAACAGACUCCGUCACUAGCUAUGUUUCCAUCCACCUCUUUUUAAUGCACACUUAAAUUGGAAUAUUGCAUAAAAAAUGGGAACGCCUAGAUGUUUUGAUGUGCAUGAAAACUGAUGCGCACAAG